GGGCAGCCAAUCAAGGAGAUCGGCCUGACGGAAGCCUUGAGGCUCCCGGAAGCUGUCUUGAGGUUCUUACCGGAAAGCGGAAGCGGCGCGCAGCACGUGGGGGCGGUGCCGGUCGGAGGGCUUUGAGUCCUCUUGGUUUGUGGGAGGUGAGGCUGCCAGCGGCUACAGCCCAGGCCCACGGGCAGAGCGCGGGGAACUGGAGAGACGCUGCGGAGCUCGGAGACCGGCUUAGCGUCAUGGAGGGCUCUGAGGAGCAACCGGGCCCACGGCCACCGCAUCCCGGGGACCACCGCAUCCGCGACGGCGACUUCGUGGUGCUGAAACGGGAAGAUGUGUUUAAAGCAGUGCAAGUCCAGCGGAGAAAAAAAGUAACUUUUGAAAAACAGUGGUUCUAUCUGGAUAACGUCAUUGGCCAUAGUUAUGGAACCACAUUUGAAGUGACCAGUGGAGGAAGUCUUCAGCCUAAGAAGAAGAAGGAAGAGCCUACUUCAGAGACCAAAGAGGCGGGCACUGAUAAUCGAAAUAUAAUUGAUGAUGGGAAGUCUCAGAAACUUACUCAAGAUGACAUAAAAGCUUUAAAGGACAAAGGCAUUAAAGGCGAGGAAAUAGUUCAGCAAUUAAUUGAAAAUAGUACAACAUUCCGAGACAAGACAGAAUUUGCUCAAGAUAAAUAUAUAAAAAAGAAGAAAAAGAAAUAUGAAGCCAUGAUUACUGUUGUGAAGCCAUCCACCCGCAUUCUUUCAGUUAUGUAUUAUGCAAGAGAACCUGGAAAAAUUAACCACAUGAGAUAUGAUACACUAGCCCAGAUGCUGACAUUGGGAAAUAUCCGUGCUGGCAAUAAAAUGAUUGUGAUGGAAACAUGUGCAGGCUUGGUGCUGGGUGCAAUGAUGGAACGAAUGGGAGGUUUUGGCUCCAUUAUUCAGCUGUACCCUGGAGGUGGACCUGUUCGGGCAGCAACAGCAUGUUUUGGAUUUCCAAAAUCUUUCCUCAGUGGUCUUUAUGAAUUCCCCCUCAACCAAGUGGACAGUCUCUUAAAUGGAACAUUUUCUGCUGAGAUGUUAUCUUCAGAGCCAAAAGACAGUGCUUCGCUUGAAGAAAGUAAUGGCACACUGGAGGAAAAACAGACUUCAGAACAAGAGAACGAAGACAGCAUGCCAGAGGCCCCAGAGAGCAAUCACCCAGAACAAGAAACAAUGGAAAUUGUCUCUCAAGAUCCAGACUCUAAGGAGCCUAAAGAGAGAGGAAGCAAAAAGGAUUAUAUUCAGGAAAAGCAGAGGAGACAAGAAGAGCAGAAGAAAAGACAUUUAGAGGCUGCUGCUCUGUUGAGUGAAAGAAACGCAGACGGUUUAAUUGUAGCUAGUCGUUUCCAUCCCACUCCACUGCUGCUAUCUUUGCUGGACUUUGUGGCUCCUUCAAGGCCGUUUGUGGUCUACUGUCAAUAUAAAGAGCCUCUGUUGGAAUGCUACACAAAACUGCGGGAAAGAGGAGGGGUCAUCAAUCUCAGGCUGUCUGAAACCUGGCUCAGAAAUUACCAGGUUUUGCCAGAUCGCAGUCAUCCCAAACUACUGAUGAGCGGAGGCGGUGGGUACCUUCUCUCAGGCUUCACUGUUGCCAUGGACAACCUUAAAACAGACCCCAGUCUCAAAUCCAGCACCAGCACUUUAGAAUCACACAAGACUGAAGAGCCAGCAGCUAAAAAACGGAAGUGCCCAGAGUCUGACUCAACCUUUCAAAAAUUGCUUUGAUUUUUGUUCUCAGACAUUAUGCAGUUAGUAAGUAAACUUUAAAUGCCAUUA